CGCCCGGUGCGGCCCCGCCCCGCGGCGGCGGCGGCGCGAGGAUGAGCGGGCGGCGGGUGGACGCCAAGGUGGUGCUGCUGGGGCAGGAGGGGGUGGGCAAGAGCAGCCUCGUGGAGCGCUGCGCCCACGGCCGCUUCCGCGCCGGACCCUACCAGAACACGAUCGGAGCCGCUUUUGUGGCCAAGGUGAUGACCGUGGGGGACCAGACCGUGACCCUGGGCAUCUGGGACACGGCGGGCUCGGAGCGCUAUGAGGCCAUGAGCCGCAUCUACUACCGGGGAGCCCGGGCUGCCGUGGUCUGCUACGAUCUCACCGACAGUGGCAGUUUCCAGCGAGCCAAGUUCUGGGUGAACGAGCUGCAGAACUGCGAGGAGGGCUGCCGGAUCUAUCUGUGUGGCACCAAGAGCGACCUGCUGGAGGAGGACAGGAGGAAGCGGGGGGUUGACUUCCACGACGUGCAGGACUACGCUGAUGAGAUCAAAGCAGACCUCUUUGAGACCUCCAGUAAAACAGGCCAGAGUGUAGAUGAGCUGUUCCAAAAGGUGGCUGAAGACUAUGUCAACUUCUCUGCCUUCCAGGUGAUGACAGAGGACAAGGGUGUCAACCUGAGCCAGAGGAACAGUCCCUACUUCUACAGCUGCUGCCACCACUGAGCCCCUGUGCCAAAAGGGAAUUGCUGCUGCCGGACAGGCAGCUGGCGCUGACCGGACUCCUCCGGUUUUUUACCUGCUGUGUUUUAGCUGUUGGGCCUGUCCGCAGCACAGCCUCCGGACUGCUCUCCUGGCACACAGAGCGGCACACGGCUGCCGUGCAGUGCCAGGAACCAUGGACUGUCACUCUGGGGACCCCCUCCCUGCCACCUGUGGUGUUUGUGGGAGCUGUGGUGGCCCAGCAGUGGCCAGUAACUUAUUCUCUCAGAGAUGCUCGAUUCUUUGCAGAUUUAUUUAAGCGUCUUCUCUCGAGGUGUACAAUGUAAAUAAAACGCGUUGUGGUCUGAGCCGUA